CUAUUAUCUAUUAUUUGUUUUACUUUCUGUGCUAAUUUUAGCCGCUUAUUGUUUAUUCAUUUUUUGUAGAUGGAUAAUAAUUAUGCCACUAAGAAAGGGAGAAAGGAGUUGAUAGAGGAAUUUGUAGCCCUCCAACAUGUUGUUUCAUCCAUUAAUUAUGCAUGUGCUAUGUAUAUAGUGAUUUUACAUGCUGUAUUCAAGAAGAAAGAUUUUGCAUGCUGCAUUCAAGAGGAUGCAAAUGCAACUACAGAAGAUGGAGAGCAGUCUCCUGUUGAACAGUUUAGUAUGAACAUGGGUGAUACAGAUUACUCAAUGUCUACUGCAGGUAAUAUUCCCAACCGUGCUGACUCUAUUAAAACUAGGAAAAAGCGGGCUCGACAUGCUGAGGGGAUUCCCACUGAACUAUCAAAGAUGGCAAAAAAUCUUAGAUUAUUCAUUGAGAAUACUAAUACUACGAUGGUGGAGAUUGCUCAUAGGAUAGGAUAUUCACAUGACCUAUCUCAACAGAGAAGGUUGGUUAAUGCAGAACUUCUGAAGUUGCCAAUGAGUAAUACCCAAAGAUUGAUGGUAGCAUCUAUGAUAGUGAAAGAUAAAGACAAAGUUGACUUGUUUUUCAGUUUAGAUGAGAAUGACAAGAUGGAGUGGGUUUCUUUGCUAUUGGAAGGUCAUAUUUAAAUGUGACAUCUACUGUAUGAUGGUCUUUUUGUUUCCCACAUGACUUGUAAUAUAUUAUGUGAUGCAUAAAUAUUAUAGGGUAGGUAGUUUCUGCUGUUGCAAUACUUUAUGAUGGUCUUUUUGUUGAGUAAAUGUUGCUCCUGUAUUGGACUGAUUUUUGUAACUUGGUAGUAGAAAAUUUGCAGUUCAUGUAUUAUUGUUGUUAUGCAGCAGGGCUUGGAAUGUAUGAGAAAAAGGAAAUCAUGAGUUAAAUUGUAAUA